GUUUUGGUGCUGCUCGAUAGAUCUGAAUCUGCUUCUUCUUCUUCUUCUUCUUCUGCUAACCUAAUAUCUAUUCUGUAUCAAAGGCUAUAACUCUCUUUCAGCUCUUUUAUUGCACAGAUGGCGUACGAAGGAAUUCUGCUGGGAAUGGGAAACCCACUCCUUGACAUCUCAGCCGUCGUCGACGAAGAAUUCUUGAAUAAGUAUGACGUCAAACUUAACAAUGCCAUUCUUGCGGAGGACAAGCACUUACCCAUGUAUGAUGAAUUGGCUUCCAAGGAUAAUGUGGAAUUUAUUGCUGGAGGUGCCACUCAAAACUCUAUCAAAGUUGCUCAAUGGUUGCUUCAAAUCCCUGGCGCAACAAGUUAUAUUGGUUGCAUUGGAAAGGACAAAUUUGGGGAGGAGAUGAAGAAAAACUCUAAGAUUGCUGGUGUUAAUGUUCACUAUUAUGAGCAUGAAUCUACACCAACUGGAACUUGUGCUGUUUGUGUUGUUGGUGGUGAAAGGUCACUUAUUGCAAAUUUGUCAGCUGCUAAUUGCUACAAGUCUGAACAUCUGAAGAGACCAGAAAAUUGGGCCUUGGUUGAGAAGGCCAAGUACUAUUAUAUAGCUGGGUUUUUUCUCACUGUAUCACCAGACUCCAUACAGCUUGUUGCUGAGCAUGCUGCUGCAAACAACAAGAUCUUCUCAAUGAAUCUUUCUGCUCCAUUUAUUUGUGAGUUCUUCAGGGAUGUACAAGAAAAAGUUUUGCCGUACAUGGACUACGUUUAUGGAAAUGAGACUGAAGCGAGAACUUUCUCAAAAGUUCAUGGUUGGGAGACUGAUAAUGUUGAGGAGAUAGCUAUCAAGAUUUCCCAGUGGCCAAAGGCAUCUGGAACACAUAAGAGGAUCACUGUUAUUACUCAGGGUGCCGAUCCUGUAGUUGUUGCUGAGGAUGGCAAGGUGAAAAAGUUCCCAGUGAUACUGUUGCCUAAGGAGAAGCUUGUUGAUACAAAUGGAGCAGGUGACGCUUUUGUUGGAGGAUUUCUGUCACAGUUAGUUCAAGAGAAACCAAUCGAAGAAUGCGUUAGAGCUGGCUGUUAUGCAGCAAAUGUUAUUAUCCAAAGGUCUGGUUGCACUUACCCAGAGAAGCCUGAUUUCAAAUAAAUAAUUUUUCUUGUCCCUAAUCCUAUGAUGCAGUUUAAAUUUUCAUUGCCUAUUGCUGCAAUUGAAUUUUGUAUUUUCCAAUUAAUUACUGGUCAUUUUGUCGUCUUCAUGGUAAGAUGGCCCUCCAAAUAUGAAUCAUCCCAUAUUUUAUGCUAUGAAAGUUUGAGCACAAACGUAUUAUUUUUAGGUCAGAGAUGUAUGUGAUGGUCAUAAAAAUCGUUGGAGGUAGAAUACAUUUUUGUGUUAUAAUGUCACUGGAAUUUUAUAUAUUGUUUCUUUUUAUUUUA